GAAAAAAAAAAAAAAAAGAGUCAACAAAAAACAAAGGGAGAAAAGAAAUUAAGAAACUGUGACGGCAUGACGCAGUGAAUCUUCGUACUCCGUUGGGUUAGGGUUCGCUGUGAAUCUUCUUCAACCUCAUUUGAUUCGCCACUCCCUCUUCUUCAUUUCAUUUCCAGAAUACGGUAAUAUUUUGCUCAGACUCAAUGGACUCCGAAGCUGACCCUCCUGAAACUGAAAACCCACCCAAAAGACACAAAUGCUCGGCAUGCUAUAAGCAAUACAAGAAAAAGGAGCAUCUUAUUGAGCACAUGAAAAUAUCUUACCACUCUCUUCAUCAGCCGAGAUGUGGGGUUUGUCAAAAGCAUUGCAAAUCUUUUGAGUCUCUCAGGGAGCAUCUUACCGGUCCAUUGCCAAAAGGACUUUGUUCAACAAUUUUCUCUCAACAAGGUUGUCAACUUUGCUUGUCACUAUUUGAUAGUGCCGUAUCUCUCAGGGAGCAUUUAGAAACAUGCCGCUUAUCUUCCCCUGCUCCUAUGGGAACCGAUGCAAUGCCCUAUAUAAGCUCCCAAAUUGACAAUCUAGAUUCCUGUGAUGAAAAUGGUGCUGGUGGACGUCCUAGAGCAAUUGCAAUGGAUUGUGAAAUGGUUGGUGGCGGGAGUGAUGGAUCGCUGGAAAUUUGUGCUAGAGUAUGCUUGGUUGAUGAAGAUGAGAAUUUAAUCUUCCACACAUAUGUACAGCCAAUAAUCCCUGUUACUAACUACAGAUAUGAUAUAACUGGGUUGACCGAAGAGAAUCUUAGAAAUGCUAUGCCACUGAAGGAGGUUCAGGAAAAGGUAUUGCAAAUUCUAUAUAACGGAGAAUCCACUGGCAAAGUUCUAGAUGGGGGGAAGGCCAGGCUUCUGGUGGGGCAUGACUUAGAACAUGAUUUUGAUUGCUUGAAAUUGAAUUAUCCCAAACACUUGCUGAGGGACACUGCAAAGUAUCGACCAUUGAUGAAGACAAACUUGGUUAGCCAUUCGCUCAAGUAUCUUACCCGAACAUAUCUAGGUUAUGAUAUCCAAAGCGGCGCUCAUGACCCAUAUGAAGACUGUAUCUCUGUGAUGAGACUAUAUAAGAGAAUCCGGGGUCAAAUUCAUAAGGAGGAAGGCUAUGGAACAUUGACUUCCAAUAACAACAUAGGCGAGUCUGAUUGUUGGCAAUCUGAGAAAGUAAGCAACCUCACACCAGAUGAACUAUAUGCCAUGUCAAGAUCAGACUACAGAUGUUGGUGUUUGGAUUUGAGACCAAACUUGGCACCCUGAUUUUAUUCAUAUCUUCAAUGCGUCUAACUACACGGAUUUGGGGGAGAUGUUUUGGCAUGUUCCUUUACGUAAAUGUCUUACUAGCCUCCGGGAUAAGAAAACGAAGUAAUUGGAGGAAAAACAGGCACUAUGUUUUGGAACUUUUGUAGAUAUUUAUAAAGCUUUGUUUCAAUCACCUGCCCAGUUUUAGAAUUUGGACUCAUGCUGCAUUUUGAUGAUAAUUGAAACAUCACACAAGGAUAAAACAGGGUUUUGACUUGGUCGUUGAUCCUCCUUCAAUGGAGCUACUCGUAGAUCUAAGGUUAUGGCUGUUUAAAUUGCAAUACACAAACAACGUUGAAGGAAACUUCGAGAAAAGAAAAAUAUUGGUUAUCUAUUACCUUCCAAAAAAAUACCGAUUUGAGCAAAAUAAUUAAUUAGGUAUGAUUUUUUGGAGAUGAAAUCCAACCAAACAUCACAUAUGAAUACUUUUAUCAUUGCUACUUUGUGUCAAUUUUAUUUAAAGGGACCCCUGUUGUUUCUCUCGUUGAAUUAUUUUUUAAUUAAUUUAUUUAUUUUUAUCUCAACUACCACCUCCAAACCAAAACCCACCCGCAACA